AUGAGUUAAUUAAAAAAAGAGGAAAAAGUAUAUGCAUUUUAUUAUAAUAAAAAAGAAAAAUUAUCAAUUGUGUUUGCUUCUGAAUUUUUGAAAGCAAAAGGGAAAAAAUUUAAUAAGUCUUUACUAAUGAAAGAAAUACCAAAAAUUAUCUAAGAAAGGAUAAUUUAAAACGAAGGGAAAGAAUCUUAGCUGACAUCUAAGAUGGAUGUUGAAAAAGAAGAAAUAGAUAAAGAAUUAAAAUAACGAUGUGUUUAGCAAAUAGGAGAUUAAGGCCUGUUAUAUUUGCCAUGCAAUUUAUUCAACUUUAUUUGCAUGUUUUUAAAAGCAAAGGAAAUAGUCAACUUAAUGAGAGUGAGUAGAGCUAUGAGAGAGAAAGUACUCACUUAGGCUUAAUACGCUAUUUCAAAUAUCGCUCUUAAAUUGUUCUUUAGCAACGAAAUAGAUGCGUAUGUAGAAUACGGCGAAGAAGAAAAAUAUCUGGCUUGCAAAGUUUAGAGAAACAAUCUUAUAGCAGAAUACAUGAAAGGAGCCACUAUUAACCAUCUUCAAAGAUACUCUUAAUUACGAUCUUAAAUUCAACAUACUCCUCAAGUGGCUGAUUUAGACCAUAUUUUUGCUGAUAUUUUGAACCCACCUAUGCCUAUUAUGAAGAUUAGACGAGAAAACGUGGGCAUGCAUGCUCAUUCUUGGUUUUAAAAUAAAUUAGUUGAUGUCUAUUACGACAAUUAGACUAAGUCAUCUAAAUAGUUAAACUCAUUUAAUUUCGCUAGCUAAGCAUUUAGAAAAAUUAACUAAGGAUCAAUCGGAUCAUCAUUCGGAAAUGGAUCUUUAUCUUAGACCUUUCCCGCAUAAUCAUCAAGUGCUUUUGGCUCAUCAGGAGCCAACAUUUUAUCAUCUUCAAAUUCAAAAUCUCUCGGAUUCUUUAAUAAUCACUUUGGGGCUUCUCACAAGAAGCUUAAGUUCUUUAGUUAAACUAUUUCAGAAAUUUAAUAAAAAUUAAUAAGAUAAAAGUAGAUGCCACUUUAGUAGUAACAAUAACUUUUAGGGAUAUUUUAGUCUCUACAAAAUAAUACAAAUUCUAAUAACGGUACCAACAAUAACGAUUUCUAGAUGAGCGACUAACACUAGUUCUCAUAAUAGAAUAUUGAAAAGCUUUUAGACUUGAUCAGAUGGUAUCGCGAUUUUGAUGAGAUUUAGUUGAUUACUGACUCAUCAAAUCCUGAAAUCUAAAGAUAUAUCUAAGAAAACACAGUUGUGCUUACAGUUUUACUAGUGUCUACCAUUUUUAAGAAAUAGUGUGAAUUCCUACAUUAAUAUCUAGAACUCAAUAGCAAUCAUGCAACUUAUUUUGAUCUUAUUUCAGAAUACAAUCUUAAAUGGAAUGCUUAUUAAGCAGCCGUCAUAGAGACUCAAGAGAAUUUAGAAGAGGUAUAUAAAUCUUUUAAUGAUUUGUAUUAAUGUGAAAUAGGUGUUAAAAUGUAUCCACAGUACUCUGUACUUCGUGUUGCAGCUUAACAUUGGACAAGAAUAGUGCUCAAGCCACUUUAAGAAAAGUUGUUUGAAGCCUUUUUCUGUUUACUCCAAAAUCGUAGAUUUGAAAAUUUAAGUUAUGUUGUCACUGCUGAUCCAUAGAAGAUCGAUCCUAAGCUAGCAUCUAUUUAUUAUAUGCCAGAUAAAUUAGAGAUAACUUCAGGAGAACUUAUUCAAAGAUUUUAACGUUUAGCUCCUUAAAAUGUGUUGUAUUGUGGCAAGGCCACAUAAUGCUUCACCUCCAACUCAAAUGCAAUUUCAUGCAACGAUAAAAUGUAUCAAGAAUUUUUUUCAAAAAACAGUUAUUAUGUAGAUAACAUGCUUUAUACUUUCACCGAGAACAUGAUGGAUCUUUCUGUUAAUGAGGCAUCAGUUCACUGGUUAGGUCACACUGACAUGCAAGUUGGCGAAAUCUAUUCCAAUUUACAUCAUAAUUUCCUUGAAAAAACUGCUCUUUACUUUGAAGAACUCUACAACCAAGUAUUCUUUGGAUACGUCAACGAAUGGAAACAAUUCCUUAUGGGAGAACUCAAAUACUGUCGCAAGAUAGUUAAAGAAUCAACAUUUAAAUUAACUAAUAAGCUUGUUUUAGAAAAAUUUUUUAAAGCAUUUGUCAAGGACAUUGAGACUAGAGCAGCAAAUGCCUAGCCAAUUCAAAUUUAAUAAUAGUAGCAGCAGUAUGGCACGACAGAAGAGUCAAUAUUACGAUAAAAGCUUCUUCUCAAAGGUUUAACACUAUAAGCUUCUAAUUAUAUUUUAAGUGAACCCAAGCUUAGAAAAGUUUUAGAAUCAUUCAAGGAGAUGAAGGAAGAAGAAGAAGAUUUUAACUGCAAGUCCGUCAGAGAUGAGGAUAUUGAAGACAUAAACAGAUAUAGACAAAUCAAAUAGAAAUUAGAUGAAGAUUCUUUUGCUUUUUAUGAUCUCAUCGGAAACGUUGAUGCCAACCUCAUUGAAAAGACAAAGAAUUUAAUCAGACAAAAAUUGCUUUUUGAUCAAAUCAAUAUAUUCAACCGACCUUUUAGCAGCUAAGAAGAAUUUUUAUUUGAUUGCAACUACAAUACUAACAGUGAAGAUGAAUCUUACAACUUAUAAUCUUUUGAAAACACUUAGGUACGAGAUCAAUAAUACGACUUUAAUUUUGGUUUAAAUAUUGAUAUAUAAGAGUAAACCUAUGAAGUGGCUACAUUAGGCGAAAGCCUGCACUAUUAAUUUAAGAGCUCUCCUAUUCCUUACGAUGAAUUUUAACUAUCUCUACCAUAAGGAUUUUAACAAAACUUCUAAAUCGAUCAACGGAUGCAAUAUUCAAAUAAUCUUUCGCUUUCUGGAGAUUCUUGUUUACUUCUCGGUGACUUGAAUAUUAAGGGGAGUUCUGAUUAUCUUGAUGCUUAAUAACUCAAGAUGUUCAAUGAAUAAAGUCCAAGUACAUAAGAUUCGAGUAACCACUUCUUUGAUGAAAUAGAUUAGCUACUACCAAAUCCGAAGGCAAAACUAGUUGUAGACAGUAGGCGAAAAAAUAGUUAAGAUGUAUCUACCUAAGAUAACAGCUUCAACUCAAAUGAGAUUGAAGAGGAAUUCUCAAUAAUGUGA